AUGGCACAGGUCGGGCAGCACAUCAAGGCAGGAAGCAAGGUCAUGCUGCUGGGCAAGAGGACGCAACCAGUCGCAUCGCGCGGGGAGGCGGCGGGAGGGGAAGUGAAGUUGAGCCUGACAGCGCAGCUGCAUCAAGAGAGGAUGCAGCGGCUGCAGGAGCAGGCGAGGAAGGAGGAGCCGCAGGCUGCAGGGGGCGAUGUGGGUAGAGGAGAGGGGAAGAGCAAUACAAAGAAGAAGGGCAAGGGAGGAGGAGGAGGAGGAGGAGGAGGAGGAGGAGGAGGAGGAGGAGGAGCGAAAGGAAGUGCAAGCAAGAAGGACAAGCUGGAGGACGUAGACGCUGAUGAUGUCGAUGCGGUUAUGAAGGCGCUGGAUCUUGACAGAGGUGAGGAGGAGUGA